UGCACCUCAUUUCAGUCUGAGUCGGCGUGCAGUCGAGAUGCAUUUUCGUGCAAGCCCCCCUUUAGAAACCCCGCUAUGAACCACGUCGAUCCGUAAGUUAAUUGUUAACCAAAAAAAAGACGUACAGCAAUCACAAACUUAAGAACACAAACGCAUGCGCAUCAGUUGCCAAAGACAAAGGUUUGCUGUGUGUACAACCGAACAGUCAGCUGUAAGUUUAGGAAUGGCAUAGUUUGGUUUUGGGUGUGUUUUUGUGGUGUUGUGGGGUUAUUUUGUACAAGACAAUGUUUAGUGAAUGUGUUUACUUGUUCCCUUUACUUUGCUUACUUCCUCCCAUCCGAAGUGAUAAGUUGUUCGGCAGGCCCUCAACGUACUCGACGGCUUUUUUACGCAACAAUGUCAAAGAAAGCCGCCUCAACGAGUACAUCCGCCAUUACGAGCCCCUAACUUACGACACAAGUGAAGUGCAUCGAUCCCAUCGGCGGGCUAAACGGUCCGUCGUAAGAAACAAUUUAGUGCACGUGUCCUUCCGGGCACACGAUCGCGAGUUCCAUCUAAGACUGAAGAGAGACCUCGAUGUGUUCAGUGAUUCGAUGGAAGUUCACGGUCCUGAAGGCCCGAUAGAUGUCGACACGUCGCACAUCUACACAGGACAUCUCUUAGGUGAGCCCGGGAGUUCGGUCUUUGGGUCGUUAAUUGAUGGAGUCUUUGAGGGGAAGAUCGUAUCACCGAAGGGCUCAUACUACGUAGAGAAAGCUCAUCACUACUUUCCUCACACCACACAUCCCAACAGAACAUUCCAUUCGGUUAUUUACCAUGAGGAUCACGUCGAAGAUCCAUACGAACAUCAGAGAGAGGGUCAUUCCGCAGGUUGUGGCAUUAACGAGCAAACAAUCCAGUGGAUGGAAAAAAUCCAGACCGCUGGUAUCGACGAAGAACCGCCUCCGUCUGCGCCGCCUCCAUCCAAAGAAGCAUUCCGAAAGCAUAAGAAGUUCACCACUAAAGAUAAAGUUCAAAUCAAAUCCGUCGAUAAUUACGAGGAUAACCUCAGCAAGUAUUCGAGAGAAGCGAACAAAGAGGAACACGCGAGGCACAAGAGGGCCACCCGCAGGGACGAAAACAAGAAUACUUGCUCGUUGUAUAUUCAAACCGAUCCACUUAUAUGGAAGCACAUAAGGGAGGGAUUUCCAGAGAACGGGGAUUCCCGCAAAGCGAGCGAACUCAACGAAAAGAUCCGAGAAGAAAUCCUCUCGUUAAUCGCACACCACGUUACUGCUGUUAAUUACAUUUAUAGGGAUACGAGAUUCGACGGAAGGAGCGAACAUCGGAAUAUUAAAUUCGAAGUUCAGAGGAUUAAGAUCGACGACGACUCGCUGUGCAACUGCACCCACCACCGCACGACUCCAUGCAGCGAGAUGAACCAAUUCUGUCUCGAAAACAUCGACGUCAGCAACUUCCUCAACAUCCACUCCUUGGGCAACCACGAGGACUUCUGUCUCGCGUACGUUUUUACUUACAGGGACUUCACCGGUGGAACUUUGGGCUUGGCUUGGGUCGCUAGCGCGUCUGGCGCUUCAGGGGGGAUUUGCGAGCGGUACAAAACCUACACGGAGACAAUCGGGGGGAUGUACCAAUCCACGAAGCGCUCCUUAAACACAGGAAUCAUCACUUUCGUCAAUUACAACAGCAGAGUGCCUCCGAAGGUGUCGCAACUGACUUUAGCGCACGAAAUCGGCCACAAUUUUGGCUCUCCGCACGACUACCCUCCGGAAUGCAGACCCGGGGGUCUCAACGGGAACUUUAUCAUGUUUGCGUCGGCGACCAGUGGCGAUCGCCCCAACAACAGCAAGUUUUCCAGUUGCAGCGUGGGCAACAUCUCCAACGUGCUCGACGCGAUCGAAGACAAUAAAAAGCGGAAUUGUUUCACUGCGUCGGCGGGCGCUUUCUGCGGUAACAAGAUCGUGGAAGUGGGGGAGGAGUGCGAUUGUGGGUACGACGAUAACGAGUGUCAGGAUAAGUGCUGCUAUCCGCGGCAGUUGAGUCUGCAGGAUAAGCAGGAGAACGCGUCGGCGAAGGGGUGUCAAAGGCGUCGAGGCACCCAGUGCAGCCCCAGUCAAGGACCUUGUUGUAGUGGUGAUACUUGCCGCUUCGUCCCGGCGUACGCCCACGAGGUGUGCAAGACUGAGUCCGAUUGUUCGUUGUCCUCCAAGUGCAACGGACUCACAGCGGAGUGCCCAAAUCCGCAACCGAAAGCGGACAAGACACGAUGCAAUAACGGAACCCAACUGUGCAUUAAGGGCGAGUGUACGGGAUCAAUAUGUCUCGAGUGGAAUCUACAGGCUUGCUCCAUUACGUCCCAAGAUCAUCCCAAUAUCGAUAAGAGGAAAUUGUGCGAGCUGGCGUGCCAGAAUGGUACGGAUAUAUGUCGCAGUACUAGCGAGUUUGCUGACAAGGUGGGUCUGCCGACGGGAGGAAUCAGCCUGAGGCCGGGAUCACCAUGCGACAAUUUUCAGGGCUACUGCGACGUGUUCCUGAAAUGCCGGGCGGUGGACGCGGACGGCCCCCUCGUCAGAUUGAUGAACCUCCUCUUGAACAAGGAAACAUUAUUAAGCGUGGCCCAAUGGAUAACAAAUUACUGGUGGGCCGUGCUCUUAAUGGGCAUCGCGUUCAUCAUCUUCAUGGGCUUAUUCAUAAAGUGCUGCGCCGUACACACGCCCUCCUCCAACCCGAAGAAACGUCCGGCGAGGCGCAUCAGCGACACUCUACGCAGGCCGAUGAACACCCUGCGAAGAAUGCGACACCAAAACGGCCCGCCACAGCACGCGCCCCAGAACGCCCCGGCGGCCAACAGCAACCGGAGUCGGGGGGAGCGGUCGGGCCGUCCGAGCGCCAGCCACCAAGGCCCGCGACCGGGCUACGGCGAGGGCCGGGGACACUACCAUGCCCCGAAAGAAUAUUCCCCACUAGCCACAGCCCCUCCGGCCAAUUACAAUCGCCAAAGUAACCAUCCCUACGCCGGGGCUUACGAUCGCAAUGCUUACGAGAUGCGGAACAAAGUUUGACAGAACGAACAAGUCGGAGACAUUCGGGUCCCGCCGCCCCCGGAGUACUCCGACACGCCAAUGGCCAACAUACAUUUCGAGGGUCCCGG